UAUGACAAAUAUACAAUGAAUAACGAGAUUAUGCAUGCUAUUUGCCUGUCUCGUGAGGUGACUUUCCCCCAGAGUUCCCCAGUUUCACUUCAGAAGUCAUCACCCCUCUUUCGAUAUGCCUGGAAAACUACAUCGACCAGAAGUCCCGAGUACUUCCUGUUCAAGUUUCAGAAGGUCACCAUGGGAAGCAAGAUGGCAGCUGCCAGUAGGGUCGUGCAGGCAGUACGGCCUCAUGCCCCUUUAAUCAAAUUCCCCGAUCGACGGAAUAUACCAAGACCUGAGGUGCAGGAAGCACUUAAGACGAUGGUGGCUACCCCAUCACCAUCCCCUGGGACCCAUAAUUCACCACAGUCAUUAAGUUCUCCAUCUAGACCACCAGGAACACAGAGCACAGGCCCACCAAGCCACAAACCAGGCCCUCCGGACACUGCAGCCACUAUCCGAGAAUUCCCCCAGCGAUACCGCAGGAGGACAAUAGCUACAGAAGAGAUGGAUUACAUCCAGCGUGGCGGACCAGAAUGAACCUGGAUUCUUCAGCGUAUACCAGCCAAAGGCACUUAUUUGUGUACUUUAUUUCUUUUUUUGAUUAACUGCUAGAUAUAUAAAACAUGUUUGUUGUUUUUCUGCAGAUUAAAAUAAAGCC